GUGCAACAGUUUUUAAUUGCAUUUUCUCAUCAUUUGUGUUGUGUGGCUCAGCUUUUCUUUGAGUGACUUUUAGGAAAGUGCAAGUGGUUUUCAUAUCAAUAUACUUUUCGCCAAAAGGAGCUGCUGUCCAUUGAUACUUGAUCUAUACACAGUGCAUUGUUUGCAUUAUUCAUCUACAGAAAGCGCUUCUUGAAUUUGGAUUCAGAUAAUUUUUGAUCAUUAGAACCUACUUCCUUUAGCUGGAAUCAGAUCUGCAACAAGGAAGUCUGUCACGAUCAUGAUCUAAGAGACUUGGCUCACCUUGUGGAAGAAUUAACGUUGCGAGUGCUUUUCAACUUUCAAUUUUGAAUACUAUAGUACAAAAAAAAAAAAAAAAAAAAAAAGCGAUGGGAGAGGCUGUUCUUGGGGCGUUCCUCCCGGUGCUGCUUCAGAAGUUGGCGGAUCCAGAGGUCAUCGAGUACUUUGGACGCGUUAAGGGGGUCGACAAAAAGGUGCUGGAGAAAUGGACGAGAACGUUGACUGCAAUUGAAGCGGUGCUGAGUGAUGCGGAGGAGAAGCAACUAACACAAAGAGCAGUGAAACUAUGGCUAGAUGAUCUCAGAGAUUUGGCUUACGAUGUUCAAGACAUAUUGGACACAUUUGAUACUGAAAUGCUGAAGCGAAGGAUAGAAAGACAACAAGGAAGCACAAGUAAUUCAUGGAUCAGCUACCUCUCUAAACCUAAGUUCAAUUUUAGUGUGAACUCAGAAAUCAAGAAGAUAAGUGAUCGACUAGAAGAGAUAACUACUCGAGAAAAGCAUUUUGGUUUGAAGAAACUUGGAGUGUCUAAAAAGCCAUGGAAAAUGCCACCCACUACUUCUCAACUAGAUGGACCUGUGAUCGGAAGGAAUGAAGCAAAAGAAAAAAUUCUUGAUGAUCUGCUCUCAAAUGGCGAACAUAGUACCAGCAAUUUUCAGAAUUUUCAUGUGGUUUCCAUUGUUGGUACGGGUGGAGUAGGAAAGACAACACUGGCUAAAGAUGUAUUCAACGACGCUGCAACUGAACAAUUUUGCCCAAAGGGAUGGGUGUGUGUGUCCGAUGACUUCGACCUUCUAAGGUUGACAACUGCAGUUCUUCAAUCUGUCACGUCAGGUGAUGUGAAGGAAUCCAAAGAGCUCAAUUCAGUUCAGGAGAAGCUGAGUAAGGAAUUGGCUGGCAAAAAGUUUUUAAUUGUUCUAGAUGAUGUCUGGAAUACAUGCAACUACGAUCAAUGGACAACAUUGCAGUCCGCCUUUCGUGUUGGAGCAGUAGGAAGCAAGAUCAUUGUGACGACGCGUGAUGCGAAUGUUGCAAAGAUGAUGGGAGACAGUAGCCCUCAUAACUUGGAGUCGAUGUCAGAAGAAGAUUGUUGGAAAAUCUUUGUCCACCAUGCACUCUUAAACAAUACACCCCAAGAUGUUGCGUUACUGAAGGAGAAAAUUGUAGUAAAAUGCAAUGGAUUGCCGUUGGCUGCAAAGACUCUUGGUGGUCUUUUACGUUGUAAAACAGUAGACGAACGGGAAGAAAUAUUAGACCACAAGAUGUGGAAUCUAUCCAACCAGAUGGGCAUCCUUCCAGCAUUACAGUUGAGCUAUCAUUAUCUCCCCUCGAAUUUGAAACGGUGCUUCACCUACUGUGCAAUUCUUCCAAAUGAUUACGAAUUUGGGGAGAUGCAAUUGAUCCUUCUGUGGAUGGCAGAGGGUUUGAUUCCGCAGGAAGCCGAAGAGAAUAAACAAAUGGAAGAUUUGGGCCGUCACUAUUUUCGAGAGUUGGUGUCUAGGUCAUUAUUUCAAAAAUCAAGCAAAGGAAACUCGCGAUACAUAAUGCAUGAGCUCAUUACUGAUUUGGCACGUUGGGCUGCAGGAAAUUCAUGUUCUAGAUUGGAGGAUAUGCAGAAUUAUGACUCAUCGCGACGUAGAUUGGUUCGUCAUUCGUCUCACAUUCCUGGUAUGUAUGAUGGGAUUAAAAAGUUUGGGGUCUAUUCUGAAGCUAUAUGUUUGCGGACAUUCUUACCACUUUCACUUUCACUUUCAAAUUAUAAUUAUCUGGCUCAAAGGGUUACUUCUGAUUUAUUGCCCAAACUCCAAAUACUUGCGACUGCUCUCUUUGAGUCGAUAUCAAAUAACCGAGCUGCCAAAUACAAUUGGUAAAUUGAAGCAUCUACGGUAUCUUGAUCUUUCCCACAAUCGAGAAAUAAGAAGUUUGCCGGACUCAACAACCACUCUUUACAACUUACAAACAUUGAUAUUGGACGGAUGUUAUCGAUUGGAGGCACUACCCACAAGCAUGAGGAAUCUAGUAAAUUUGCGUCACCUCAUGAAUUCGUAUACAUAUUCAUUGGAAGAAAUGCCUCCUCAGCUUGGUCGAUUGACUAAUCUCCAAACAUUGCCUAAUUUUGUUAUUGGCAAAGGUAGUGGAUUAGGAG